GCGCCGGGGAUCGACCUGAUCCACGACCUCCGCCUGUUGGUGGAAGACCUCAGCGACUCGGUCGAUCUGCCCGCCGACGCCGUCGGCGAGCAGGUGCUCACCGUCGAGGACCUCGCCAAGCAGUUCAACGUUUCGACCAAGACGAUCGCCCGCUGGCGUGAGGCCGGCCUCGUGAGCCGUAGGCUGGUGUUCGACGGCCGGAAGCGCGUUGGCUUCUUGCGGAGCAGUGUCGAUCGGUUCGUCCGCGCCAAUCAGGAGCGGGUCGAGCGCGGCGCGCGGUUCCGCCAGCUCACCGUCGAAGAGCGGGCCGAGCUGAUCGACCACGCCCGCCGUCUGGCGGACGAGGGACACAGCCGUCCCGAGGCGAUCCGUCUGCUGGUGGACCGCACCGGCCGCACGGCGGACACCGUGCGGGCGACCCUGGCGACCCACGAGGAGAAAGAGGCGAUCUUUGCCGAGACCGGCGGUGUGCUGACCGACCGGCAGAAGGAGCAGAUCCUCGACGAGCACCGCAGCGGAAUCUCGGUCGAGAAGCUGAUGAAACGCUACGCCCGCUCGAAGACCACGAUCUAUCGCCUGGUGGCCGAGGCCCGUUAUGAGCGGAUCCAGCGGCUGCCGCUGGACUUCAUCGCCAACGACCGCUUCCGCCGUCGCGGCGCCGACGCGGCCUGCCUGGGCCCAAUGCCCGAGGCCGAGACGACCCCGCGGAAGGUCCGCCGCCCGAGCGACUUGCCGGCCUACUUGGCGAGCCUGUACGAGGUCCCGCUGCUCACCCGUGAGCAAGAGGCCCACCUGUUCCGCAAGUACAACUACCUCAAGUUCAAGGCCGCGCGGCUCCGCGACACGCUCAACGCCGAGCGUCCGCAGACGGCCGUGAUGGACGAGAUCGAGGACCUGUACGCCCAAGCGGUCGAGGUGAAGAACUACCUGUCGCGGGCCAACCUGCGGCUGGUGGUGUCGAUCGCCAAGAAGCGGAUGACCCCCAAUCAGAGCUUCUUCGAGCUGGUCAGCGACGGCAACGUCUCGCUGAUGAAGGCGAUCGAGAAGUUCGACUUCGCCCGUGGCAACAAGUUCAGCACGUACGCCACCUGGGCGAUCGUAAAGAACUACGCCCGGACGAUUCCCGGUGAAUACAAGCACCAGGACCGGUUCCGGACCAGCUACGACGAACUGUUCGACGCCACCGAAGAGCACCGGGCGAACCCCGUGCUGCGCGAGGCGGCUCAGGCCGACCGGGUGGAAAAGAUCCGCAAGAUCCUCCGCCGGCUGGACGACCGCGAGCAGCAGAUCGUGAUCCGCCGCUUCGGCCUCGACCACAACCGCGAGCCGCUGACGCUCAAGGAAGUGGGCGCCGAGAUGGGGGUCACCAAGGAGCGGGUCCGGCAGAUCGAAGCCCGGGCGUUGACGAAGCUGCGGAAAGCCGCAGCCGAGGAUCGGAUCGCGCUGGAGCUUUAG